AUGAGCUCUCAUCUAUUGCAGAAAUGGGACCAAGAUCAUCGCUCCUCUACACCGAAAUUAGAUAUUUCAGUGAUUGACGAGGCAAACAAAUUGAUGACUAGGCUAUGGAAAGCCAUAGUCAAGCAAAAUUAUUUCUCACUUUAUGGACUGGAGACAAAGACCUCAUCAUCCAAGUUGGAUUCAGUGGCUCUUUUGAAGAGUCAAAGAGGGACGUCUACUAUAGAAAUGAUCCUAUGA